AUGAAACUGGUCAGACGUCGCAUCUUUCUUCUUUUCUCAGCAGUUUCCUUUCUAGUAUUCGUUUUCAAUUACAUUAUAUGGAGGAAUAAGGUUGGUAACAAAAUCAAAGGACAAAACAACGCCCAAGUCUUGCAUCGAAUGACUAGGAAUGACUGCAACGCUCUUUUAGAUUGCUAUUCGUUCGGAGAAUGGGAAAUUAAGCCCGGUUUAACACAAGAAAUGAUACGGGAGAGAAGAGAAGUUGACAAGUCCAUUCUGGAGAGCCUUGGAUUUCCAGGAGUGUUACACAGAGGAGAUAAGCUCUGCGGUCAAGGAAAUCUUCUUCCUUUUUCCAAAUUGCCGGCGCUCUGUGAUGAGUUAAGUGAGACUCCUUGUUGUAACGAAGAGAAGGGACUUUGUGGGAACUCAACAGAGGACUGCAUGUGCUCCCAUUGUAAAGAUUUUAGCAAAUAUUUCGCCGCAGAGUUUGCCAAUUGGAAACCAACGAGGAAAGAAUGCCCAUUGACGAACUUUCAUUGGGACGAAGCAUGUUCGAUUUUAAACGAGUACGCAUCGGAAGUUGCCUUCGUCGGUGAUUCGUUCAUUCGACAUUUAUUCGUAGCGUUCUCGUUGUUGGUGACGGGCGAUCCCAUUACAGGUGCGCUGAGGAGUAGUUUAUCGGACGAGGAGAGAAAAAAAUGUAGCGGAGAAUGGCAGUUUGUCGAUAACGGAAAACAUUCGUGUCAUCUAAAAACUCUCCGUAACUGGGAAGAAGUCAGAGAAAAUCGACCAUGCAGCGGAAGCACGCAAUUUAAAACGUAUUUGGUGGAAGCCUACAACAUACAUCAGUUGCCUUUGGCGAUAAAAACAGUAACAAAUCUAUUAGGAAAGCCAGGUUCAGUUGUAGUCCUCGGAGUUGGUAUUCAUUUUUUAUCAAAUGCGCAAAAAGUAAUCAAGGACUACCUGAAACCUUUACUCGAUUUAAUUCAAGACCAAAGCGGUAACGGAUGGCCAUUGCUUAUUUGGGCAAACAUACACCAAGUUGAUAAUUUUCUCCCAUCGGACUGCAAGAAGAAUUACUCGCCGAUUGAAAAGUUUAAUCAAGAAAUGUCGCGAUUCUGUCGUGCUAACAAUAUUCCUAUAUUGGAGACGUCAAGUGUUACUCGGUUCAUAAAGAGCAACGACGGUCUCCAUUUUGGAUACGGAGGAAAUAUGGCGAAAGUGCAGAUACUUAUGAAUUAUUUGAAGAAUUUUUUUGAAGUUUGUGCGGGCUCAAGCUGA